UGUUGUUUUUAUCUAUCCUGACCGGAUCUUUCAGAUUAUCUAAACGCUAUUUAUCAUCGUUAUACAUUUAGAUAGCUUCUUAGCACAACAGCGUUUCACGUCCCUUGCAUAGCCAACCGAUCUCAUGGACUUUAGCGAUUUAGUAUCCCCAAAACUGGUGGAACGAAAGCUGUCUCUGUCCUCCAACACAUCGUCCAACCAGUCCACAGUGAUACACAACCGUCAUCAAUCACAGGCUGGAACGUCCACGGCGACGUCGCUCAUGUCCCAGGUUCUCCACCAAAGCAGCGAGACACGGGGGUUUGCGCUUGACACUGACCAGUUGUAUCAGGAGCGUGAAUCGCAGUACCGCGUGGGGCCAAAGAUGCCCCAGCCGCCACAGGUGUCGCUAAAGGUGCCAUCUCCGUUGAGUAACCGGAGACUCAGCCGAAGUGACAGUGUGAGCCUUCUUCACCAGCACAUUCAGCAGCGUGCCGCGAGCCAUGGCAGCGAGGGGAGUACUGGCAACACAAGUGCGCGCGUGGCAAACAGCGACAUUCGCACAGACCCUAGCCUUAAAAGAGACAGUCGUGUGGAUGAGUUAGCCAGCCCUGCGCGCAAUGAUCCCACACGUGCGCUUGCCAGCCCGCGCGCGAACCGCCGCUCGCUCCAGCUCGACUCACCUGAGUCCACGCCCAGACGAACCACAUUUGGCCUCGACAUAACCACACCUGCAGACGACUUGCGGGUAGAUGGCUACUCGUACCUCGAUGACGAGGUAGAGAUACAGACAGACCCCGAAGAGCUUGACAGCGAGGACAUGGCGCUGGAAGAGUCUGAGUCGGAUUCCGACGAUUACAUGCUCCAGUCACCUCCCAGAAGCCCACCGCGCGAGCUUGAUCCCGACAAGUUGUACGCACUCUACGACUUUUCCGGUCCCGAUCCGCUGCACUGCAAUAUCGCGCGCGACGAGCCCGUGAAAUUGAUCAACGACGAGGAUAACUAUUGGUGGUUGGUUCGCCGUCUUAGCGAUAAUAAAGUUGGAUUUGCACCUGCAGAGGUGUUGGAAACCUAUGGUGAACGGCUCGCGCGGUUGAACUGCUGGAAGAAUGAGGAGAUUGAAACGGCGUUCAAGAACGGGAACGGGGGUGACACCACUGUCGAACUGGCUUCGUCGUUCCAGAGGGGGGUUUCAGAGAAGAAGGAGCCAAGGCUUAAGGCUAAGUCGGUCACAUUCCUCCAGGAUUACCAAUACAAUGACGAGGAGGAAGCGCACAGCGAGGUGGUCAGUGAGCCGUACCAGAACAUCCAGCCGUUAGUUCUAGCCAAGAGCCGUUCGGGUUUACGAAACGUCGAGGAGGAACCACAAGCGUUGAGCAUUGCCAAUUUGUCAAAGAUUUCAGAGUCAAGCCAGAAGGACGGCCAGCACAACGCGUACGCGCGCGCCAACCAGACUAUGGCGUUGGUGGACGAUUUGGGCCAACCGCCACGCGCACACAGCAGCUCCUACGCUUACCGCGGUGAUGACGGGACCAGCAGCAUUGGCACCUUUUCGCCUGACACAUCCGACUGGAGCUCACCGGAAUCGUACAACGACUCCAGAUUUCCUUCUGGGAGUCGCACGAGCCUCACACCAGCCUCUCCCAUCCUGGGUGCCGCUAGAAGAACGGUCUACCCGGUCCCGGAGCCCACUCCCACUGUUUCCAAAAAGGUUAUCGACAUUAAUCCAGAUAACAGUCGUAAUAUUGGCGAUUUCCUCGCCGACGACUCGCACCGUCGCCCCCCAGCACCCCCAGAGGAUGCCCCCCAGACACCACGGUUGUACGAUGACACACUUGAAUUUUCUAGCAGCACCCCACCGUUAUCCACUAGUUCGCCGCAAAGGAGACCUCCUCCGGAGUCUGAAAAGUUGAAGCUCAAGGGUUUGGACCACGUGCCUAGUCUAGAGCCUCUGGAACCAAGCUCUGAGUCGUAUCUCAGGACUAUAAGCCUUCAGGAUGCCAGUUCUGGAUUGUCUUCGGAAAUCCAGGCCACCAGCUCACCUCAAACUUCCUUCAUGGCAGAUGCCAUUCUAGUUAACGAAGAGAUAGAGAGCGAUAUCUCGCCUACUCGGCUCGACGAUACGGUCGUCACCCGCUCCUUUUCCUUGAAAUCGUCACGACAGAAGGGGGAGACAAGUGCUGGCUCCACGCCUCAUAUCUCACAAACGGCCCGCUAUCUGUCCUCUUCUGCUGAAAACACCUCGCUUUUCCAGACUGCCAUCCAACCGCUAGUCGAUCAGAAAUCCACGCCUACCAGCACCCCUAUAAUAUCCCAGACGCCCUCCAGUACGCCAAAAUCCCUCCAGAAAGCUCACCGCACCCACUCGCGCUCUGGGAGCUCUGGAAAGAUCAAAUCCGCCUCCAGUGAAUCCAAAAGAAAAACCUCCUCGCCCACCUCACCUAGCUUGAGACGCAGUUCAUUAUCUUCUACCGGCGGGAUCUCGCGCUCAUCUUCUAAGAGCAGAAGCCACCGAGGCAGCGUGUCAGAGAGUAUGCGUAUGUUGGACAACUUGAUCAACGACGAGUCCGCCCUUUUCGACCCCAGUGUGUUGGGCAAGACAGGCUCCGACGACAGAACCUCCAGCUCGGCUACGGCGAUUGCUGUGUCAGACCAUGACUCAUCUAUCUCGACGGUGAAUGAUGCGGACGAUGGCUACCGAUCGUUUGAUGACUUGCGUAACGAGUCCAGCGAAAAAUUGAUGUCUACUUCUUCUUUGGUCACCGGGGGCUCCACCGCUCCAUCCACCCUGGAAGCGGUCGAUCAACACGACGAAGUGUAUCUCAAGAGUCGCGUGAAGGGCUACAACGCCUCUUAUCCGCUGAUGAGCGACCAUUCAGCCAAGCGUAGCCUUCGAGCCACUUCUUCGUCUAUAACCGUGGACAAGAGACACCACGAUGGUGGACUGAGCUCCAGCGGCACCAUCUCGUCCAGACACGGAGGUAUCCACCAGAUGUUUGACCCAUGGAUGGAUCAACUCGAUGAGUUAGCCACGAAGAUGAAGGACUUGGAAGCGUUGCUCGGUUAAGGCCUACCUUUUGCAUGCACUCGACUACUCCUAUUCUUGCUGAAAUAUCGUAAAUGAUUAUGGGUUGGUGGCAUGCUAUUGUUGGAGUCACUUGGUAUGUGAAAAUAAAUCUGUAUACCUAUGCCUUUCGCGAGUUGUAACCAGCCACGAUUGGUGCUUUGCUUAAACCGCCGCUGCGGACUUGUAGGUGAGCGUCACGUUGUCCAAACAGUCUUUAUUGUAAGCCAAAACUGGAUUUUGUGCCAGCAUAAACUUAGACAGUUAAAAUUAUGUAAAGAUAUGCACAAUCAAAUGGCCACCUCUGGCACUU